CUGCCUGUGGUGCUUGAUUCAGUUGCUUGAUCGUCACCAGUAGUAUCGGAUCGUUAGGGAUCAACAAUUGAUUCUAUAACUUAUCACUAACUUAUUGCUUGCUCGCGUCGAUAACGUCGUGUCAUAUACUAUACACGCCUGAUACAGGCUUUUAUUUUCUUGUGAGCGCAUAGAAAGUUACUGAAAUGUGGAAUUCUAGAGGAACAGCGAUUCUGUUCGGUCUGUUAGCCGUUGUCAUUUUAGUGGAAGGAUUUGAAGAUGCCCAGCAGAAAGGAGAUUCCUAUUUGGCAGCUUUCGAGAACUCUCAGCAUAUCAAUGCCAAUAAAGCCAGUGGAGCUGUCAGAGUGCCUAGAGACGAGUACAGCAGUUUGGUGCAGUCUUCUUCAUACGACUACAGCUUAGCUUCGUCCAGCGGCUACGGAGCAUCGGCGGCGGGUGGAUCUUAUGGUGCACCGGCGCCAAAACCGGCCUACGGUGCUCCGAAGCCAGUCUACGGACCCCCGCCACCAAUGUCCAGUGGUUACGGACCACCGGCACCGGUCUAUCAUGGUAAACCAUAUCUGAGUCCGGAGAAUUGGCUUCUCAGCAAGUUGAAAUUAAAAUUCGAUUGGUUCGUGCUGGCUAAAAUUCUAUUGAAAAUUGUUAUCUUCAAGAAAAUAGUUAAAUUCAUCGCCCUCCUUUGCUUGCUGUUUUUCAUCCCCACCCUGAAGCCAAUGAUCACCGAAAGUGGUGGGGACAGCGAAGGGGAUGACAAGCGCCGCAGUUACGAUCUAUCCUAUAAUUAUGACAGCCGUUUGAACGAGGUCACACGAUUCGCACUGAAAGCUCUGGAGUCUUUCACGAUCGAUAACGAGUUGUACUGUCCGGAGGAAAAUUUACUCAGCUGUCGAGCUAAACGAAUGUUUGACGUCAUCGAUGAAGAGUAUCCACUCAAAAAAAUUCUCGGAAUGUACGUUCCCCACUCGAGCUCAUUCCGGAAUUUAUUUGGAUCGAGUCAACUGAGCAUUAAUGCCGAACCUGCCACUGUAGAAAGCGACGAUAGCCAUCAUCAAUCCAUCGACAGCAGCAAUGAAGGAGCCGAACAGGAAGACUGAACGAGAAGCACUUUCGAUUAGCUAUUCAAACUGCGAACCGGACGCGAUUUUGUUGGUACCUACCAUUGAAAAUGGCACAAGUAAAAUCGGAUUUUCACGAUACCCCUCAGUUGUGGACGGAAUACUGAUGACUCGUGAAAUUGUUUUGACUGUGAAUGUAUUAAUUUAUUUAUUUAUUGCUUAAAACUUAGGACGAAAGAAAGUAACACCAAUUACAA